AUGGCCUCUGACAAGCUGAUGCAACAAUUUCCUUACGGCAACACCCCUGAUCUACUGAAUCCGCCUAGUCCCAUGGAAGCUAUGCUUGACAUCUCUGAGUUCUUCGACGCUGUCGGUCUUGACUUCCAACACGGAUUCGACCUUUUUCCCUCCACAGGAUUCGCUACAGAGGAGCCGGAGGAAUCCACACCUAUCCUUAGAACGGCUUCAAGUACGAGUCGAUACCAACCAACUCCUGAAAGUCAAGACCAGGCGCUGGUCUUGAACGAGUCCCCUCCAUGGCGAAACAUUAUUCCAAUCCCAGAUGCAGAGACUGGCGAAGGCAAGCAACCGUGGAAAGUCAACGAAUCUCAGCGGAGCCAAUUCGUUCAACAUCUCAAACCAUACGCUACGGCGCUAGGAUCGUUUAGGCUCCCUUCCAGAUUGUCGUUAUCAAGAUACAUCGCUGGCUAUGUCGACGGAUACAACGAUCACCAUCCUUUCAUGCAUAUGCCAACAUUCUGCAUGAAGUACUAUCGAGACUCUCCAGAGCUGGUGUUGGCACUCUUGGCCGUCGGUGCUCAACUUCGAUAUGAGACACGCAACGCUUCUGCACUGUACCGAGCUGGAAGAGCAAUAAUCUUGCAUCGCAUGGAAUCCGGGGAGUUGGCAAAUCAGCCUGGAGGAUUAUGCGGAACAUGCAGAUCAUCAAAGCCUGUCGCUUCGACAAUGAACGAAGCCAAUUCUCCUACUGCCGCCGCACGCCUGGACACUAUGAAGGCAAUCUUAUUAUUGGCAACCUACUCUACUUGGCAAGAGGACCUCUGUCUCGUUCGGGAAUCUCUUGAAUAUCAAGGCCUCCUCGCGCGGUGUCUGCGAGAGAAUGGACUUGUAAACGACAUCUCUCACAACGACGAGGACCUGGACUGGCAAUCCUGGGCAAGAGCCGAGUCAGAUCGCAGAGCAAAGCUCGCUGUCUUCUGCUUCUUGAACCUUCAAACACUCGUCUUCAACGUUCCGCCAGUCAUCUUGGCGAACGAGAUUGACCUAUGGCUGCCAGUAACUUGUGAUGAAUGGCAGGCGCCUAGCUUCGCCUUGUGGCUUGAGGCUCGCCGCAAAAGCCCAGCACUCGUUCGUUUCCAGGAGGCUUUCGUGAACUUGGUCCAACCUCGCACGGAAGAACGUCUGGUUCUUUCGCCCUUUGGUAAUUUUGUGCUGAUACACGCAAUCUUGCAGCGCUUCAUUGUCGCAAAACAACUUUCUCUAGACCCCGCAUCCCCGGGUUAUGCUCCCGAAGAUAUCGCGAAAUUCGAGUUGUCGCUGCACCGGUGGCGCGACCAAUGGUGCAAGGCUCCCGAGUCCGUUUUAGAUGUUAGGCAUACCAAGGGAUCUCUGUCUUGGACAGCCACGUCUCUGCUCGGGCUUGCCCACGUGCGCCUACAUUUUGCUUCCAGAAGACCGCAAGAGGUUUGCUCGGGUGACCCAAAGACUAUUGCUGGAAAUGCCUGGGAUGCUCGGCCGCCGGAACGUGGGCCUCAGCUCGUCUACGCUCUACUUCAUGCAGUCCACGCAUUGAAUAUUCCUGUACAACUCGGUAUCGACUACUUGGCCAGCUGUCAGGCGUUCUUCUGGAGUCUCCAACACUGCUUCUGUUCCUUCGAGGCAGCAGUGUUUCUCAGUAAAUGGCUGUAUAUGCUCGCAGGCACCCAGGAUUCGAAAGAAUUAGACGAAAACGAACGCCAGAUUAUAAGGUGGGUAGAAUGCAUCGUCAACGAGGCCUUGGCUUCAGUCGAGGUGAUUGACGGAUAUGACCUAAGUAUCAUGGAAGAAAACACCUCGCACUCUUUAGAGACUCUUGGCAUUUUGGUCAUCAAGUUAUUCGCCAAGAUGUUUGAAAGAUGCAACAGCGCCUGGCCAAUUAUGAGGACGAUCGGUCAAAGUCUCCAGGAAUAUGCGUGUCUUCUGGAUGAACUUGGCAAGUCGCCAAAUCUCGAUGAGAGCAGAGGCAUUGACAUAAGCCCUACGACAACACGAAGUAGACAGCACAUAUAA